AUGCGUAAAAUUCCCAUUCUCGCUAUCUCUCAGACGCUCAUUCCGUUCCUCUGUCGCUCUCUCGGACUUUCAUUCCGUUCCUCUGUCGCUCUCUCAGACGCUCAUUCCGUUCCUCUAUCGCUCUCUCGGACUUUCAUUCCGUUUCUCUGUCGCUCUCAGACGCUCAUUCCGUUCCUCUAUCGCUCUCUCGACGCUCGUUCCUCUGUCGGACGACUCAUUCCGUUCCUCUGUCGCUCUCUCAGACGCUCAUUCCGUUCGCUCUGUCGGACGCUCUCCGUUCUUUCGCUUCCGUUCAUUCCGUUCCUCUGUCGCUCUCUCGGACUUUCAUUCCGUUCCUCUGUCGCUCUCUCGGACUUUCAUUCCGUUCGCUCUCUCAGACUCUCUCCGGACGCUCAUUCUUCCUCUAUCGCCUCUCGGACGCUCAUUCCGUUCCUCUGUCGCUCUCUCGGACGCUCAUUCCGUUCCUCUGUCUCUCCGGACUUUCAUUCCGUUCCUCUGUCGCUCUCUCGGAUUCCCGUUCCUCUGUCGCUCUCAGACGCUCAUUUCCGUUCCUCUGUCGCUCUCUCAGACUUUCAUUCCGUUCCUCGCUCUCUCGACUCUCUUCCGACGUCUCAUUUCAUUCAUUCCUCUGUCGCUCUCUCAGACUUUCAUUCCGUUCCUCUGUCGCUCUCCCGGACGACUUUCCGUUCCUCUGUCGCUUCCGCUCAUUCCGUUCCUCUGUCGCUCUCUCGGACUUUCAUUCCGUUCCUCCUAUCGCUCUCUCAGACGCUCAUUCCGUUCCUCUGUCGCUCUCUCGGACUUUCGCAUUCCGUUCCUCUGUCGCUCUCUCGGACGCGUUCCUCUGUCGCUCUCUCGACGCUCCCGUUCCUCUGUCGCUCUCUCAGACGCUCAUUUCCGUUCCUCUGUCGCUCUCGGACUUUCAUUCUCUCUCAGACUCUCUCAUUUCCGUUCCUCUAUCGUUCUCUCGGACUUUCAUUCCGUUCCUCUGUCGCUCUCAGACGCUCAUUCCGUUCCUCUGUCGCUCUCUCAGACUUUCAUUCCGUUCCUCUGUCGCUCUCUCAGACGCUCAUUCCGUUCCUCUGUUGCUCUCUCGGACGCUCAUUCCUCUGUUCCUCUGUCGCCUCUCUCAGACUUUCAUUCCGUUCCUCUGUCGCUCUCUCAGACGCUCAUUCCGUUCCUGUCGCUCUCUCGGACGCUCGACUCAUUCCGUUCUCGCUCUCAGACGCGCAUUCCGUUCCUCUGUCCGUUCUCUCUCGGACUUUCAUUCCGUUCCUCUGUCGCUCUCUCGGACGCUCAUUCCGUUCCUCUGUCGCUCUCUCGGACGCGCAUUCCGUUCUCUGUCGCUCUCUCACGCUCAUUCCGUUCCUCUGUUGCUCUCUCAGACGCUCAUUCCGUUCCUCUUCAUUCUCGUUUCAUUCCGUUCCUCUGUCGCUCUCUCGGACUUUCAUUCGUUCCUCUGUCGCUCUCUCGGACGCUCAUUCCGUUCCUCUGUCGCUCUCUCAGACUUUCAUUCCCUCUGUUCUCUCAGACGCUCCAUUCCUCUGUCGCUCUCUCAGACUUUCAUUCCGUUCCUCUGUCGCUCUCUCAGACGCUCAUUCCGUUCCUCUGUCGCUCUCUCAGGACGCUUAUUCCGUUCCUCUGUCGCUCUCUCGACGCUCAUUCCGUUCUUCUGUCGCUCUCUCAGACGCUCAUUCCGUUCCUCUGUCGCUCUCUCUCUCAUUCCGUUCCUUCAUUCGCUCAUACCCGGUUCUUCUGUCGCUCUCCCGCUCCCUAUCUCGCUCUUCCGUUCCUCUGACCCUCAUUUCCCGUUCCUCUGUCGCUCUCUCGGACGCUCAUUUUGUUUCUGUCGCUCUUCCGGACUUCCCGUUCUGUCGCCCUCUCCUUUCAGUCCGUUUCAUUGCGCUCUCUCAGACGCUCAUUCCGUUCCUCUGUCGCUCGCUCUCUCAUUCCCGACGCGCUCUCUCAGACGCUUCCUUCUGUCGCUCUCUCGGACUCUCAUUCCGUUCCUCUGUCGCUCUCUCAGACGCUCAUUCCGUUCCUCUGUCGCUCUCUCGGACUUUCAUUCCGUUCCUCUGUCGCUCUCUCAGACGCUCAUUCCGUUCCUCUGUCGCUCUCUCGGACUUUCAUUCCGUUCCUCUGUCGCUCUCUCGGACGCUCAUUCCGUUCCUCUGUCGCUCUCUCGGACGCUUCAUUCUCAUUUUCCUCUGUCGCUCUCUCGGACGCUCAUACCGUUCUUCUGUCGCUCUCUCAGACGCUCAUUCCGUUCCUCUGUCGCUCUCUCGGACUUUUAUUCCGUUCCUCUGUCGCUCUCUCGGACGCUCAUACCGUUCUUCUGUCGCUCUCUUCCUCUGUCGCUCUCAGACGCUCAUUCCAUUCCUCUGUCGCGACUUUCAUUCCGUUCCUCUGUCGCUCUCGACGCAAUCAUUCCGUUCCUCUGUCACCCUCUCCUCUGACUUCCGACGCCAUUCCGUUCCUCUCUCGCUCUCCUCAGACUUUCAUUCCGUUCCUCUGUCGCUCUCUCGGACUUUCCCUCUUUUCCGUUCCUCUGUCGUCCCGCUCUCGGACUUUCAUUCCGUUCCUCUAUCGCUCUCUCGGACGCUCAUUCCGUUCCUCUGUCGCUCUCUCGGACUUUCAUUCCGUUCCUCUGUCGCUCUCUCGGACGCUCAUUCCGUUCCUCUGUCGCCCUCUCGGACUUUCAGUCCGUUCCUCUGUCGCUCUCUCGGACGCUCAUUCCGUUCCUCUGUCGCUCUCUCGGACUUUCAGUCCGUUCCUCUGUCGCUCUCUCAGACGCUCAUUCUCUUCCUCUGUCGCUCUCUCUAUAUCUCUUCCUCUGACGCUCUCUCCCCCUUGCUCAUUCUCUUCCUCUCUCCCCUGCGCUCAUUCUCUUCCUCUCUCUCUCUCUCGCGCGCGCGCUCAUUCUCUUCCUCUGUCGCUCUCUCUCGCUUAUUCUCUUCCUCUGUCUCAAGCUCAUUAGUCGCUUGCUCUGUUUCCCCAAUCCACGUGUCUCUUGCUUCAAUGUUCCGUGUGUUCAGACUCUCUUUUCCCAUUUUGUGUUUUCCUUAA